UGGCCGCGCUGAGGGGAGAGCGAGGCAGCCACGCCCAGUCAGUUCCAGCCGGUCCCCCGUGCCCCCACAGCCCCCGCCAGGGCAUUGUGACGCGGGGGCUCCUCGCACCCAAAGGCCAUUGUGACACGGGCCCCCCCGAGGCGGCCGAGGGGGUAUUUAAGGGGCGAGAGGAGCCCAGGGGCGCCCACUCCCCGGAGAGCAGCUCCCUCAGGAGGCAGCAUCUCCCCGGAGUACUCGUGGAAGGUCUGAGGCCAAGGACGCCAAGGGAUGCCCACGGGUGAGGAGGCGAACGCCCGCUCCCAGCCCGCCGAGGGGCUGCCGAGCCUGCGGAACCGGCGCCAGGUGAGGGGCGGGGCGGGGCGGGGCGGGCGAGCCGGGGGGCACGGGAGUGGGGAGCAGCAGCCGGCUGUGGAGGGGAGCAGUGCCGGGGGGUGGGUGGCGGGGAGCCCGGCUGCAGGAGCUCUGCCCGCCAGGACGCGGGGGCGAGUGCCGCACGCACUCAGCAGCCCCUCUCCUCGGCUCCUCUUGCAGGUGUGCACCGUGAGGUGCGGGGAGUCUGUGCCACACACCAGGGUGUCGCGGGAGGAGGCAGCACGUCAGCCAGCGUUGCUGCACCUCCCCAAGAUAGCAGCGGCACCCGGGCACCCCGCACCCGCAGCUCGGCCCGCAGGAGCUGCCGGCGCCUGCCCCAAGCUGCCGCCUCUGCCGGCAUCACCCUCGGCCCCGUCUGCGGGGGACAGGGGCACCGCCAGCGGGACCGCAGCCGGCCGGGACCUCGUCCCAGAUGCUCGGGGCAGCAGCACCAGAGAGGGGAGCCAGAGAGCUGCCCCCAACAGACGAGCACUCCGUGUCGCCCACGUGGUGGAGACGGCCCGCUGCAUCGUGGAUGAGGUCCUGAACAGGCUGUUCGGUGCAUGCCAGGGACCCAGCCAGCAGCCGGUGGCCAAGGAGGAGGAGAAGGGGCUGGAAGACAUCACCAUCCACAGCAUAUGGGUGAACCCCGCUGUCGCAGAGCUCCUGCAGGAUCCCCACGCUGGACCCCUGACAGCAGGAGGGACAGACGGGACCCCCACGCUGGAACCCCCACAGCCCCCCAGGGGGGUGGCAGGAGAGGCAGCCGCUGACCUGCAGAGCGCGUCUCCUGCCCCGGAGGGUCCCACCGAGGCCCAACCGACCCCUCCUGCCGUGGCUGGAGCUGCCAAGGGAGAAGAACACCGCCGCACGCCUCGUGCUCCAACCACACAGAUGGACGAAGAGGCUGCAUCUCCCGUCCGCAGGCAGCAGGACCCCGCAGCACAGGCAGCAGAGAGCCAGCCUGCCCCGCAGAGCCCCACAGCCCUCGAGGCGGCUCUGCAGGCCACGGUCAAGUGCCUGGUGAGCGAGGUACUGCAAAAAGUCUUGGCUGGCAAUCAGCGACCCGGCCAGCAGCCAGUGGACCAGCAGGACCGGCCCCGCUGCAGCGACGCCGCGACCCAAGUGACAACUGCUGCGGCACCUGCGGACACGGAGCGUGCCCCGGCCGCAGAGCCCCGGGACGAGGCCAGCGCAGCCCCUCGCGUCCCAGCGGCGCGCGAGGCCCGAGCACACGGGGCUUCUCCUGCGCUCGAAGCCCAUCGCCCAGGAGAGGCCGCCGCUGCCCUCGUCUCCCCGGCCACACGCGAGGGUGAAGCGGCGUCACCCUCGCCUCCAGACCCUGCGGCAGGUGCUGGCGCACCCCACCUCUCCCCGGCCGCACGCGAGGGUGAAGCGGUGUCUCCCUCGCCUCCAGACCCUGCGGCAGGUGCUGGCACACCCCACCUCGCCCCGGCCGCACGCGAGGGUGAAGCGGUGUCUCCCUCGCCUCCAGACCCUGCGGCAGGUGCUGGCGCACCCCACCUCUCCCCGGACCUCACGCGACGGUGAAGCGGCGUCUCCCUCGCCUCCAGACCCUGCGGCAGGUGCUGGCACACCCCACCUCUCCCCGGCCGCACGCGAGGGUGAAGCGGUGUCUCCCUCGCCUCCAGACCCUGCGGCAGGUGCUGGCGCACCCCACCUCUCCCCGGCCGCACGCGAGGGUGAAGCGGUGUCUCCCU